GCAUCUUCAUGGUCUGAGUGUGGCAUCACACUUGCUCAAACAUUUUAUGCCAACAAUGAGAGUUUAACCAAUCAUGUCGCUCUCCAACGGAGGCUUCUUCACAAUCCAAGUGUACUUGCUCAACCAUUGGAUGACAACAAUGGGAGUUCAAUCAACGAUGCUGCACUUGUUCUUGUCGAACCAUUGAGACUUCGAUAA